AACAGAAGACUAUACGAUACAUGUAAUAGAUUCUUUAAACUCUUUCAUAAUGGGACAUAUCCUUAAUAUUUGUGAUAUCAUCUUAUAUCCCAAAUAUUUGUGAGAAACAAUUGUACUUUGCCCCGACAGUGUAUUUUUGUUAAUCUCCCAUAGAAACAAGCAUGAAAAUAACCGUUGCGACCUUCAGUGAGGGAAAUUGUAUCACUGUUGAAAUUAACUAAUCGUUGUUGAAUGUGAGGGCUGUUUGUAUUCUGUUAUCUGUCGUUAUCUUAGUUGCGUGACACAGCAUAGAAGAAUUAGCACGGAUUCGAAGGUAAUUGCAACCAUGAGGACACAGAUAUUUCGUGCAGUUAUUAUGGGAGCCCCUGCAUCUGGGAAGGGUACUAUUUCUUCAAGGAUUGUAAAAUACUUCGAAGUGAAACAUUUGUCAAGUGGGGACAUGUUGCGGACCCACAUUCUGAAUAACACAGCACUUGGUGUACGAGUUCAGGGGUUCAUCAAUGAAGGUCGUCUUGUACCAGAUGAUGUCAUGAUGAAUCUAGUAAAUGAAGAGCUAAAGAAACUUCCUAAUGACAACUGGCUUUUAGAUGGUUUCCCGAGAACGAGAAACCAAGCAGAGCUGUUACUGAAAAACCACCCUAUCACAUGCGUGCUGAAUCUUAUUGUACCAUUUGAAGUGAUAGUUAAUAGGGUGAAAGGACGAUGGAUUCACCCGUCAAGUGGACGAGUUUACAACACAGAAUACUCACCGCCAAAAAUUGCGGGAAUUGAUGAUGUAACAGGGGAACCAUUGGUACAGAGAGCUGAUGACAAUCCAGAAACGGUGAAAAAACGUCUACAAAUAUAUGCAUCAACAAUUGAGCCUCUGCUUGAGCUAUAUCAGAAGACUGGUCUCCUUCAGAACUUCCAUGGAAAAACUUCUGAUGAAAUAUGGACUCAAGUCUUUGCAUAUGUGUCAAACUUUAUAAAACCUAAAAUCUAAAUAGGUACUGGAAGGCUGUGUUCCUUCUGACUAUUUGGGACUAAACACAUCGACAUAACUAAGCUCAAAACUAAGCACAAACUUUUCAAAAUGUAUGCAGCUUACUCAGGUGAUAAUAUUUUAAUAAAAGUGGACUUUAACCUGUUUGAUAAUUUUUGUUAACUGAUUGUACUGUUAAGUGUGAUUUCUUGUAAAACUUUUGAAGUAUUUAUGUGUUCAUUUUAUGUCAUCAUAUGAGAUAGACAAUAGUUUUUAGAAGUAUAUUUGUUGUUCUUAUGGUUGUGUUUUUUAGCUGAGAAUAGUACAAUAUUAAAAGUUCCUUCAUAUAAACUGCAGUGAUAUAGUAUUAAGAACUAUGUGGAAAUUGAUAUUAUUUUAGCUGAAUAUUUGGUUGUUAAGAACUAAAUUGUAAUCUAUUGGUAUUGUGCAUGUACUGUGUAAAAACUAAAUGGAACAGCUUUUGAUUUUAUACAUAAUCAAAUAUCCUGAAGAAAUUCAAGAAAAAUUAUUGUUUAAAUGGGUACGAAGUGUACCUUUACAAUUUCUGUGCUCGUAUCUAUAGGAUAAAAUACUUGCCUUGAAGAUUGCUCAUAUUAAAAUUUUUGCACAAGUUUGUAUGUAAGAGGAGAGAAAAUUCAUUUGGUCUAUGAACCAGAAAAAAUAUUGAUGAUAUUAGAAUUCACUAAACAAAAAGAGGAUGAAUGUUGCAUAGAAUGUAGUUUCUAUAAAUUAUUGAAAAUGUCAGAGGGUAUAUUUUGUUUAUAAAUUAUAGUAUAUUUAGAUAAGUGAAAGGGCAUUUAAAUACAUGGAAAACUAUAAAAAUAAAAAUUUGUCCACUAUAACAUACAUUUAUGGUGUACCUUCUGUAAGAUGUGAAAUAUGACAAGCAUCAUUCUUUCUUUUAUAGAAAGAACCAAAUGCAACGAAAAUGCCUCAUUACUUGUUAAACAAAUUUUAAUGAAAUUGUUUUGUUUUUGUCGUCAAUAAAU